UCGAGAGAGGGCGUUUCGACGCGAGUGAACUAAAAAAAGUGUUAAAAUUGUGUAAAAAUUGAAUGCGUGUGUGCAAGUGAUACCAGGAUCACAGUUUCGUGAGGAGUUACAGUGUUUAAAUAAUGGUAGCGAUAUAGACUAUAAAUGGAUCUCAAAUAAACAUGGAGAGAAAACUUACCAGAGAGGACUUCAUGAGGAAGAGCUUCAGGGCUCCGAAGGUGUCUCCGGCGCCCGAGCAGCCGGUAUCCAUAAAUGGGGCUCCGCCCCCGUCUCCAGUGUCCCUGGCGAUGCUAGAGAGGCCCCCACAGCCGCGAGCAGAGUACGAAGUGACCACAUCAGGGAUAGCACCCAAAAGACUAGAGCUGAACAGAGCACAUCCCAUACAUCUCAAAUCAUUUCAAGAUCCAGAAGACCCUAUAGCUCCCCCGUCAGACGAUGUGCUUAGAAAGCUGGAAAGGCAGAUUGGGGAGAUGGAGCGAGGGUUGGAGAGAGCACAGAAUGGGACAGUAGAAGUGGAUGAACGAGUAAGGUACGCGGAGCAUGAAAACCUAUUAAGGACUGGGGUAUCAUCUGUCGGAGGAGGUGGUUACUUACCGGCGGAUUCUGACACGGAACACGAUGUGGUACCGUUCAAUAGGAACGAGAGUACCAGGAGUAGUACUGGGGCAACAGCGCCCGUCGUGCGACCGGCUACCAGGCUCGCACGAACGAAUUCGGAUACCCAACAGCAUACGGUAGCGGCGACUGCGCGGCUAAUGAGGAAGUUGGCUGAUGGGGGUACUAAAGAUGAGAAGACCAAGGUGAUUUCCCGGAAGGCGAUCCAGGCGAGGAUGGAGAGAGUGAAGAAUUCGGUGGUGGGGACCAAACAUGAGCACAGAGUGCUCGCGGAGCACAGGAACGAGCCGAGCCCAAGGAGUCCCACGUCGCCGGUGCCGCGCCGCGCGUCGUCACAGAGCGCGUCGGAGACGUCGGCGACGGCGGGCAGCGGGUCGGGGGGGACGCGGGUGUCGUCGCGCUCGCGGGCGUCCGAGGAGCCGCAUAUCGGCAAGUACAAGCUCCUCAAGACUAUCGGGAAGGGCAACUUCGCGAAGGUAAAGCUCGCCAAGCAUGUGCCGACCGGCAAGGAGGUCGCCAUCAAGAUCAUCGAUAAGACGCAGCUCAACCCCGGCUCGCUGCAGAAGCUGUUCCGAGAGGUGCGGAUAAUGAAGAUGCUGGACCACCCCAACAUUGUGAAGCUGUUCCAGGUGAUAGAGACGGAGAAGACGCUGUACCUCGUGAUGGAGUACGCGUCGGGGGGAGAGGUCUUCGACUACCUGGUUCUUCACGGGCGGAUGAAGGAGAAGGAGGCGCGCGCAAAGUUCCGUCAGAUCGUCUCCGCCGUGCAAUACUGUCAUCAGAAACGAAUUAUACACAGAGACCUCAAGGCGGAGAACCUCCUCCUCGACGGCGAGAUGAACAUCAAGAUCGCCGACUUCGGGUUCUCCAACGAGUUCACGCCGGGCGCGAAACUCGACACGUUCUGCGGCAGCCCGCCAUACGCCGCGCCUGAGCUGUUCCAAGGCAAGAAGUACGACGGGCCCGAGGUGGACGUGUGGUCGCUGGGCGUGAUCCUUUACACGCUGGUGUCGGGCUCGCUGCCCUUCGAUGGGUCGACGCUACGGGAGUUGCGGGAGAGAGUGCUGCGCGGGAAGUAUAGGAUACCGUUCUACAUGUCGACGGACUGCGAGAACCUGCUCAAGAAGUUCCUCGUGCUCAAUCCCGCCAAGCGCGCCUCGCUCGAGAGCGUCAUGAGGGACAGGUGGAUGAACACGGGCUACGAGGACGACGAGCUGCGGCCGUACGUCGAACCCAGCCAGGACUUCAAGGACCACAAGCGGAUAGCGGCUGGCCCACACAACGCGCAAGUCGAAGCGCUAGUGUGCCUCGGCUACAACCGGCAGGAGAUCGAGUACUCUCUCGCGGAGGCGAAAUAUGACGACGUGUUCGCGACGUAUCUGCUCCUCGGCAGAAAGAGCACUGAUCCGGAGUCAGACGGCAGCCGGUCCGGGUCGUCGCUGUCGUUGCGGAACAACGCCGCGCCGCCGCCGCCCGCUCACCAGCCCGCGGGCUGCGGGUCGCCAUCGCACCGCGGCGUGCAGCGCUCCGUGUCGGCGAGCGCGCGCCCCGCCGCCGCCGCGCGGCGCGCGUCUUCCGGCGCCGAGGUGCCCCGCGCGCAAGGUACAACGACCAGCGCGGCGAACAACACCACUUCGACGUCCACGACUACCACGUCUAACUUCAAAAGACAGAACACGAUAGACUCCGCGUCUAUCAAGGAGAACACGGCUCGGAUCGCGCAGAUGCAGGUGCAGAACACCUCCCGGCCGACGAGCGCGCAGCCGAAGCUAGAGGGGCGGUCCCGCACCGCCGCCGCCCGCCGCGAGCACGCGCCUGCCGCCGCCCCGCCCAAACUGUCCCCGCCCCACGACACGCCCAGCGCCGCUCCGGAGGCCAAGAGCACGAACGGGGCGAAGACCCACGUGAAGAGCGCAUCCAUAUCGUCCACGACGGGCGCUCCGCCCCUCACAGCGGAGCCGCACAACGCGUCCGCGCGCGACCUCGCCGCUCCGCGUCCGAGCCUGAACUCCUCCCUGUCGACUGGCGGCGCUACCGGCGCGGGCGGCGGGGCGGCGGCGCGGCGCGACUUCCCCAACCCGCUGGUGUUCCCGCGCAACGUGCCCUCGCGAUCCACCUUCCACUCCGGUCAGACGCGGUCUCGCGGAGGCAGCGCGGGCGGCGCUUACGGCGACGGCGGCUCGCCUCACCAGCCGCGGACGUCGUUCUUCUCCAAGCUGUCGUCGAGGUUCUCGAAACGGUUGAAUCAGAACCCGUGAGGACGCGGCCGGGGGCAGAUCAGCUAAGUGUAGUGUGACGUGACCGCGGGUUACAGGGUGUGUACCACCGCUGCCACCAAAAAUUGUUGUCAUAAAAGCAAUGGACUGAACGAUGUUUUUUUUGCAUAUAAUUUUAAAUGUCAGUUAAGUACUGAAAGGUUAAAGGCUAAAUAGAUUUACGACCGAACAGCUCGAUUUUUGAGAAGCACCAGAGUCCAGAAUACAAUAUUUCAGUAUAUGUGAACAGUUGGGCAGAAUAAGUUAAAAUAGGAGUGAUUAUAAAGUGUGGUGGUUGUAUCACACCCUGUAUAACUUGUGCGAUGUCAAAUCUAUUCAAUCAGCGUAUGUAGAGUAUAUUUUAUAUGUGAAGAUUUUUAUAUUUGAUCGCUUAAAAUUAUAAUAAAGAAAAUUGCUUAUGAUUGAAAUUAAAUAUUAUAUAAAAAUAAAAUUAUUUUGUAUAUCUUUUAAAUUGUAUUGUACGCUGGUUCGAUAGAUUGCGAUAUGUUAUAAGAGUAAGUCGAUAACGUCGAGCCGGGCACGCAAUGUGAUUUAUUUUAUCGAUAAAUGUAACGAACAACACUAAUGUUGAAAAAGUUCAAACUUGAUAAAAUACUGAUUAAAAAUACAAUUUUUAAUUUUUCAAAAUACGAGUCCAAAAUGAUAACUGCUGCUAUAUAUUUGUCUCUUUCGCUCCUUGAUUAGAAAGAGACGAAAGUUUGUUGACAAGUAUUGUUGUUGUUAUAAUGAUACAUUGUUAAAGCAAAAAAAGCUUUUAUUCAUAAUAAAAUAUUGAUGGCAUUUAACUAAAUAAUUAUGAUCAUUAUUUAGUUUCAGUUAUAGCGAUGUUUGAUGUUUUAUUGUCAAUAAAAGCUUACAGUUUUGCUGUUUCAGAUGUAGGAGUCCUUAAAGUAUGUUAUGUUAAUCGUUUGACUUUGAGAGAGUUGUUUGACUUCUAAAAUUAAUUAUGAAAUGACUGAUUCCCAAGGCAUUCACCACGAAGCAAAUAAUCUUGCAAUUAAUAGUUAUUUCGUUGACCUUUUGUGACUUAUUAAAAAUAUUUUAUCAUAAUAUUAUAUUCCUUUGCAAUUGCAGCAAUUUUGGAUGGAAAUUUACUCUCUCAUAGUCGAAUGUGGGCUUAUUUAUUAAUUUAAGACUCUGAAUUUAAGGUGUGAAAAGACUUUGUGAGUUCACUCCUUUUGACCCCAGUUUCAUCACCCAAGUUUUAAAUUCAUGCUGUAAAAUUAUAGAUUUAAAAGGUGAAAAUAACUUUCUGAUUUUUGGUAUUUAUUUUUUUAUAUCUUUUAAACAAGGAGUUGAAAUUUGAAUGGGGUGAAAAGGGCUGAAAGUGUGCCCAAUGACAUUAUGUUAGGUCCAUUUCUAGCGGCGACUAUUCCGUAAACAUGUUUGUUAUUUCUAUGUUUGUUAAAAAAUACUUACUCGACACAAAAGACAAUACAAUAAAAAACCUACAGAAUUGAUUCCUAUUUAAAAAACAGUCCGGUAUGAGCUACUUUUAAAUAUCGUUUAAGAUAAUUUACUGAAAUAAUUCAAAGAUUCACCACAGGGUUAAAAAUAAAUUUAAGUGCUGACAAUAAUAAAAUUACAACACAGAUAACUCAACAUAAAAAAUUAAAAGUAAUAGCAUUUUCCAAUAAGUCCUACAAGAUGUAUGAACCAUAGGCAUAAACAAAAUCUGGUGGCGUUUUCACCACCGGGGUAAAAUUUGACGUUAAAACUUUUUAAUUUGUUUAAAAAAUGAGGGAAAAAUAUCAUCCUGCCGUUGGUUUUUCUUUUCUUCAAUUUUGUUAGAAAAAUAAACUGUUAAAUUUUUCUUGGUGUAAAUGCCGAAAACAUAAUAGCAAAGAUAUAUGAAUGUGUAACGGAAGUCUAGUCCCGCCGCGCGACGCAUUUCGCCCGUAGCUACAUCCCGUUUGGGAUUAUUUUUCCUCCGACGGGACAUUUAUGCCGAUGACAUGAGUAAUUAUUAUGGAAACUCGGAGGUAGAAUAAAUCUGAACGCACCUUAGUGUAAGUGAGACAGUUGUGCAUAGAUAUCGUACAUUCCACGAUCAUUGACGUCCCGACUGACGAAAUGUUACCAAAAAAAAGUUUUUUGUGCAAAAACAAAAAAAAAAUGCCCAAAAACUAAAACACGCAAGUAAUUCAUACUUGAGAUUAAACAGAUUAAAUUUAGAUGGGGUAUUGCUUCUGCAAAUAUUUAUUUUCACAAAGC